CCCGUCAUUCCCCACAUUUCUUUGGAUUCACAUAUAGAUGGAAGAGCUUAUGUUGGAUGAUUUUGAAUAAGGUAGACGACGAGAAAGAUAUUUAAGAGCAUGGCGAUUCUCUGGUUUUGAUUUCCAGACAUCCUCAUCCAACAACAGCUCAUCAACCGAUCCAACAAUAAGCAACUCGCCUACCUAACUCCCUAAUCAAACUUCACUCGAAAAAAACCCCUUUACAAACAAACAAACAAGCAACCAUGUCUCUCCAAGCCGAGCUCGAAAACGUCGACGUCGAGUUCGCCAAAGCGCCCGCCGCGAUCCGGGACCCGAUCAUGGCGACGCGGCUCGACUUCGCCAAGUCGUUCGACCCGAGCGGCGCCAUCAAGGUCGGGCAGAAGAUCCCGGGGUUCAGCCUGCCGGACUCGGUCGGCAAGACGGUGUCGAGCGCCGAGCUGCUCGCCGCGGGCCCCCUGCUGAUCACCUUCUACCGCGGCGGCUGGUGCCCGUUCUGCAACCUCGCGCUGCACGCCCUGCAGGCGCGGCUGCCGGAGAUCAAGGCCAAGGGCGUGACGCUGGUCGCUAUCACCCCCGAGCUGCCCGAUAGCAGCCUCACGACGGCCGAGAAGCAGGGGCUCGAGUACCCCGUCCUGUCCGAUGUGGGGAAUAAGUUCGCGCACCAGCUUGGUAUUGUGUGGAAGCAGCCCGAUGAGCUGCGCGAGGUGUUCGCGAAGAUCGGGAAUGAUCUGGAGAAGAGGAAUGGCGAUGACUCGAUGGAGGUGCCGAUCCCGGCUACACUGCUCGUGGACCGCGACGGCACGGUGAAGAAUAUGUUCUUGGACGCUAAUUAUGCGAAGAGGGUUGAGCCGGAUGUUGUGGUGGGGUGGAUCAACGCUCUAUAGAUAGAGCAUUGGGGAUUGGAGAUAGGGGGUUGGAGGUAGUGAAAGAAAGAUUGGAUAAAGAGUAUCUUAUUCGUAUAUGAAACAUUUACAUAUAUUAUGGUCUCGUUAUGUCGCUUCUUCGGAGGAUAUCCAAUAUCAUAUAGUUGCGUCGAAGCCUGAAUAUCCCGGCCCCUAUCUUCGUGUCACAAUGCUCUACGAACUAUGCCUCCUAGGUGAGCC